AUAAACACACCCUUAGAGUCGCUUGAAUUUCCAAAUAAUAGAAGAAGUAGACGAUGGGGAAAAGAAAGAAAAAGUAUGCCCUGGAUUCAACCAGGAUAAUUCUAGAUAUAAACCCAAUCCGAUGUCCAGUAGCAGCAACAUGGUGAUCAUACUUAACCAAGGCAAACACGGCCAUGGAACAAAACCUUCUUUCCAUUCUCCUUUGCAUUCUCCUUCUGUUCCUUGUCGCCAAGCUAUUGCUUCGAUCAAGAUCAUCAAAGAAGUUUCCUCCUAGCCCUCCUUCUCUUCCUUUCAUAGGCCAUCUCCACCACUUGAAGAAGCCCCUCCAUAGAACUUUCCUCAAUCUCUCUCAAAGAUAUGGACCAAUCAUGUCCUUGCGGCUCGGGUCGCGCCCAGUUGUCAUCGUCUCAUCCUUGUCGGCCGCCGAGGAGUGCUUCACCAAAAACGAUACCGUACUUGCAAACCGUGCAAAGCUCCUGACAGGCAAACACCUUGCCUACAACUGCACGACCAUCCCCACCUCUUCCUACGGUGACCACUGGAGGAACCUGAGACGCAUCGGGGCGAUCGAGAUCUUCUCAUCGCAUCGCCUCAACAUCUUCUCGGAGCUAAGGAAGGAUGAGAUCAAUAGGCUCCUAUGGAAAUUGUCACGUAACGCUGCUGGUGAUUUUUCCACAGUGGAGGUGCGGUCUCUAUUCGUGGAUUUAACAUUCAAUGUCAUGAUGAGGAUGAUAGCCGGGAAGAGGUACUACGGGGAGGAUGCACCUGACGUCGAAGAAGCAAGGCAGUUCCGGGAAAUGAUAAGAGAGCUUACUAAGUAUGCAUCGACAUCGUAUCCAGGUGAUUUCUUGCCUAUAUUGAGAUGGAUCGAUUACCAGGGGUACCAGAAAAGGUUGGUAAGGCUUGGAGAGAAGGCUGAUAAGUUCUUGCAAGGCUUGGUCGAUGAAAGUCGAACAAGGAAAUCUUCCUUCGGAAAUACAAACUCCAUGAUUGAUCAUUUGCUCUCCUUGCAAGAGUCAGAACCGGAGUGCUAUAGUGAUCAAAUGAUCAAAGGACUUAUACAGACUCUUUUACUUGCCGGAACUGAUACAUCAUCAGUUACUCUAGAGUGGGUGUUGGCGAAUGUGAUCAAGUUCCCGGGUGUGUUGAAAAAGGCUAGGGCAGAGAUCGACUCGCAAGUCGGCCAGGAUCGCCUGAUCGAUGAGACAGAUCUCCCUGAACUUCACUACCUCCAGUGUAUCAUCUAUGAGACGUUGCGGUUGUACACUCCAGUUCCUCUCCUGCUUCCGCACCUCUCGUCAGAGGAUUGUACGUUAGGAGGGUACCACGUGCCCGCUCACACCAUAGUAAUGGUCAAUGCAUGGGCUAUACACCGAGAUCCCAAACAGUGGCAAGAGCCCACGAGCUUCGUGCCCGAGAGGUUCGAAGGCAUAGGAAAUGAUGACAGGCAUAAGCUGAUAUUGCCGUUUGGGAUGGGAAGGAGAGCUUGCCCUGGCGCUCCGUUGGCCCAUCGUCUGAUAGGUCUGACUAUGGGAGUGUUGAUUCAGUGCUUUGACUGGGACACCGAAGAAGAACUCGACAUGAUGGAGAAUGGCGGUCUCACCAUGCCGAAAGCGGAGCCACUUAGAGCAAUGUGCAAAGCACGUCACGUGAUGAGAAAAAUCGUCAAUGAAUCUUCCACUACUUCCUAGUACUUGAUCAUCCUAUCUCGAUCUUGUAAAAUAAACGUAUCACUCCUAUAGUUAUGAUCAUCAAAAAAGAUAAAUUUGGAAAGAGAGAGAGAGAGCGAGAGCGAGAGCGAGAGCGAGAGAGAGAGAGAGUUGAUGUGGUGGUUAAAAGAGGUGGGGACAAGUUUGUUUCUCAAAUGAACUUAGAUAAAUCUUGUUGAAUAGUACGUCUGCUUAUUCGUGCUCACAAUUUUCAUUUAACUACGUACCUUGUACAUAUAAUUUGGUCCUUGAUGGCCGAACCUAUGAAGCAUUCUCAUCC